AUGUUUAUUUCAUUUUGAACAAGUGAGUUCUAUGAAAAUUCACCCUCAGGUCAGUUUUCUCAUUCACACCAGACCUCAGCGAUGUCAUUCACAGAUGUUGUUAUCUCUGCCCUGUUUAUUUGAGGGCUGUAAAUGAAGACACAAAGUUCAGGAUUACACCGAUACUCACCUUCCUGGAAUAAAAGAUAGAAAUCCCCUUGUUAUUUUGCUCCAUAUAUUUCCUUGUUCCCUCCCCAUCAGAGCUGCACUUUGAAAAUGGGCGUAAUCUACAUGCAGUAAAGUGCCGAAACAGAUCAGAGCAGAGCUCAAACAAGUUUCAGCUCCAAUGAAGGGAAAAUGCAACAUACAGAACCGGUUGUAGAACAACACUGAAGACACCAAAACUAUGAAAUACCUCUCAUGGAAUCAUGAGGUAAACAAAGUAUGUUUCAUAUUUUAGAUUGUUUUGCUUUGAUGACACCUUUACAUACAUGGCAUUCUCUCAAUGACCUCCAUGAGGUAAUCAAGUUCUUUACAGCUACAAGCAUCAGAAAUCAACAAUUAACAGCACCUCAGAUUAGAGUCCACAUAAAUGUUUCACGGUGUUCAAGUAGCACACACACCUCAACAUCAACUAUUUAGAGCAGACUGUGUGAAUCAGGCCUUCAUGGUCUGAAUUACUGCAAAGAAAACACAACUGAAGAAGUCCAGCAAGAAGAGAAUUGCUUGGGGUUGCCCAGAGUGAGAGGCGCCAACCCUAUGUGACUGGUUGUGGGAAGGGUCUGUCUGUGGUGUGUGCUUAUGCACCAAAUGGCAGAUCAGAGUACCCAACCUUCCUGGAGUCUAGGUAGGGUCCUAGAAGGGAUUCCAUCUGGCGACUCAAUAGUUCUGUUGGGGAACUUCAAUGUUCAUGUGGGUUAUGACGAAGUCACCUGGAAGGUAGUGAUUGAGAAGAAUGGUCUGUUUGAUCUGAACCCGAUCUGUGCUUGUCAUAGAUUAGCCAGAACAAACACAAUCUUCCAGCAUAAGGUUGUUCACUACUAGUACUUGGUGUACUUGGUACCAGAAAACUUUAGGGCGCAGGUCGAUGAUCGACUUCAUGGUCGUGUCAUCAGAUCUGCGGCUGUAUGUCUUGGACAGUCAGGAGAAGGGAGGAGCAGAGCUAUCAACUGAUCACCACCUGGUAAUGAGGUGGAUCUGAUGGUGGUGGAGAAGGCUGGACGGACCUGGUAAACCCAAACAUUUACCAGGGUGAACUUCUUGCGCAUCCUGGGGGAGGUUGAGACAUAGAAUCCCAGUGGGCCAUGGUCACAACCUCCAUUGUUGAGGUGGCUGCAAGGAGUUCAUCAGAAGAUCAUCAGUGCCAGUCGUGAUGGCAACCUAAUAACCUGCUGGUAGACACCAGCGGUGAAGGAGGCCCGUCAAGCAGAAGAUGGAAGCCUUUCAGUCUUUGUUGGGCUUGCUGGGUUUCCUUUAAAGGUGUUCUGGGAACGUUCAACUGGGAGGAGAUCCGGGGCAGACCCAGAACCCCUGGAGGGAUUACACAAAAUAUCUUACUUGGGAACUCCUUGGGAUCCCAGAGGAGAUGGAGAACUUGCUUGGGAGAAUGAUGUCUGGAAUAGCCAGCUAAACCUGCUUCAACCCAACCCUGGAUAAGUGGAAGAAGAUGGAUGGAUGGAUGGAUGGAUGGAUGGAUGGAUGGAUGGAGGGAUGGAUGGAGAACAAAAACUGAGAGAGAUUAGAGAAAACAGUGAAGAAGUAAAUAACAAGUAAAAACAAAGAUGUAAAGAAGAAAAUAUGAUGUGAACUGUGAACUGUUACAUCAUAUUAUCUAUUAUAACAUGGCAGGGGUCAGUGAACACAUCAUACACUUCCUUAUCACUCAAUAAAAAACCUUUUCCAGUCAGUGUUUAGCUGUUAGAUGUUUUGGGAUUAAUAUUACUGCUUUAACAUGAAACUGAACAGAAUUUGAGAAAGAGUCGAAGAAAAUAUGGAGUCAUAAGAAGAGUCUGAGGAGUCGAGAAGUAUUUUACGACUAAAACUUCAAAUGUGGGGCAAAGUUUAUCUGAGACUUGACUGUAAAAGAUCAGAUUUACAAUGCUGCUCCUCUAACUGGAAUGAAUGGCAGCAUGAUAACCCCUUUGCUCCAUGUGUUUCCUUGUUCCCUCCCCUUAGAAUCUGCACUUUGAAUAUGGGUGUAACCAACAGAGCGAGAGCAGAGAGACCUCAUUCACUGUCAAAGCACGUUUAGAUCAGAGCUCAAACUAGUUUCAGCUUUGAGGAAACUCACAGUCGUGACACUGAGAGGAGAAAUGGACCAGAAUGAAGUUCAACUGGACCGGGAAACCUUCUCUUGUCUGAUCUGUCUGGAUCUACUGAAGGAUCCAGUGACUACUUCCUGUGGACACAGCUACUGCAUGAACUGUAUCAAAAGCUACUUGGAUGAUGAGGAUGAGAAGAGAAUCCACAGCUGCCCUCAGUGUAGGCAGACCUUCACACAGCACAAGACAAACAUGUUAGCAGCUUUAGUGGAGGAACUGAAGAAGACUGGACUCCAAGCUGCUCCUGCUGAUCACUGCUAUGCUGGACCUGAAGAUGUGGCCUGUGAUGUCUGCACUGGGAGAAAACUGAAAGCUCUGAAGUCCUGUCUGGUCUGUCUGGCCUCUUACUGUGAGAAACACCUUCAGCCUCAUCAUGAUGCAGCUCCAUUAAAGAAACACAAGCUGGUGGAGCCCUCCAAGAAGCUCCAGGAGAACAUCUGCUCUCGUCAUGCUGAGGUGAUGAAGAUGUUCUGCCGUACUGAUCAGCAGUGUAUCUGUUAUCUCUGCCCUGUGGAUGAACAUAAAGGCCACGACACAGUCUCAGCUGCAGCAGAAAGGACUGAGAGGCAGAGAGAGCUCGAGGUGAGUCGACUAAACAUCCAGCAGAGAAUCCAGGACAGAGAGAAAGAUGUGAAGGAGCUCCAACAGGAGGUGGAGGCUAUCAAUGGCUCUGCUGAUAAAGCAGUGGAGGACAGUGAGAAGAUCUUCACUGAGCUGAUCCGUCUCAUGGAGAAAAGAAGGUCUGAUGUGAAGCAGCAGGUCAGAUCCCAGCAGGAAACUGAAGUGAGUCGAGUCAAAGAUCUUCAGGAGAAGCUGGAGCAGGAGAUCACUGAGCUGAAGAGGAAAGACGCUGAGCUGGAGAAGCUCUCACACACAGAGGACCACAACCAGUUUCUACACAACUACCCCUCACUGUCACGACUCAGCCAAUCUACAGACUCAUCCAGCAUCAAUAUCCGUCCUCUGAGGGACUUUGAGGAUGUGACAGCUGCUGUGUCAGAGCUCAGAGAUAAACUACAGGACGUUCUGAGGGACCAACGGACAAACAUCUCACUGACAGACACUGAAGUCCAUGUUUCACUGUCAGGACCAGAACCAGAGCCCAAGACCAGAGCUGAGUUCUUAAAAUAUUCACGUGAACUCACACUGGAUCCAAACACAGCAAACACACAGCUGUUAUUAUCUGAGGGGAACAGAAAAGUGACAUUAAUGAAACAACCUCAGUCUUAUUCUAGUCACCCAGACAGAUUCACUUAUUGGGAUCAGGUCCUGAGUAGAGAGAGUCUGACUGGACGUUGUUACUGGGAGGUGGAGUGGAGAGGAGGAGUUCAUGUAGCAGUCACAUACAAGAAUAUUAUCAGAGCAGGGAGCUCAGAUGAAUGUGGAUUUGGAUACAAUGACAAAUCUUGGAUGUUACAUUGUGACACAAACAGUUAUAACUUUUGGUACAACAAAGUCCGCACUCCCGUCUCAGGUCCUCAGUCCUCCAGAGUUGGAGUGUACCUGGAUCACAGUGCAGGUAUUCUGUCCUUCUACAGCGUCUCUGAAACCAUGACUCUCCUCCACAGAGUCCAGACCACGUUCACUCAGCCUCUCUAUGCUGGACUUUAUAUUUAUUCUGGAAUCACUGCUGAGUUGUGUGAAGUCAAAUAGACAGAAGUCAUUUAAGGGUUAAAUUCUGUCUUUCCUUUCUUAGAGAACCAAUAUGUAAACUAUUUACUGUAUUAAAUCCUAAAAUGACAAUGCUGUGUCAUCACAGAUUAAGUAGGUACGGUACAGUACAGUACAAGUACAGGCAGUGCUUCUUUUUUUGAAACUUGCUGGAUGUGUGUGAUCCGGUCUGAUCCCCGUGUAGUGCUCCAGGUUGCCAGAAGUAAAACGUACUACAGCCGUAGAAGUAAACUAAUGAUGUGCGUCAGUGCAGUUAACGUUAGAUCGUCCCUGUCUGUUUAAUCUCAUGGAUGCUGUAAGAUUCUGUUGUUGGAAUUUGCACCACAGUACCAAUUUUAACGCCUAGAUGACAAGUAAAGUUACAUUCUGUUCCUUUAAGCUUUUCUUUUUUGUUUUGUUUCCAUCAUUGUUGCUGACAGCUGAUUGUUGUGGCAUUUCUUCACCUGUCAAUCAAACACUGUGGGCGGUACUUUGCC